UAUCAUGUUUCCCAAACCCAAACGUGGCAAAGCAAACACGUCAAAACCGCGACAGCAAAUCCCGAACCAGAAAGAACCUGGAUAACAUUACGUCCACGUUCAUCCCAUCUUCCCCCACACCAUUUCCAGCGAAUAUUUUAUAAUUCUAUCCUAUUAAAGCCUCCCUCGUAAGCUUCCUCUUUUUCCUCUUCUGUUUCCGCCAUUGAAACCACCAAAACUCCGUCAAAUUCAGCUCCAAAAUUCUCCGUCAAAUUCAGCUCCAAAAUCUUCCCUUUCUUUUCCUCACAUCAUAAGGAAGAAAUGAAACAGAGAAAAGAGAAAGAGACACAGCUGCAAGAGCCGCUUCCUUCUCCUCCUUACCAUGUCCUUCACAAGCUUCCUCCUGGGGACAGCCCUUACGUUCGAGCCAAAAAUGUUCAGUUAGUAGAUAAGGAUCCAGAAGCGGCCAUACUUUUGUUUUGGAAGGCUAUAAAUGCAGGAGAUAGAAUAGACAGUGCACUAAAAGACAUGGCAGUGGUUAUGAAACAGCAGGAUAGAGCUGAAGAAGCUAUUGAAGCCAUAAAGUCUUUUAGGGACCGCUGCUCCAAGCAAGCUCAGGAAUCACUAGACAAUGUCCUCAUUGACUUGUAUAAGAAAUGUGGAAGAAUUGACGAGCAGAUACAACUGUUGAAACAGAAGCUUAGAAUGAUUUACCAAGGUGAGGCCUUCAAUGGGAAGCCUACCAAGACAGCACGGUCCCAUGGAAAGAAGUUCCAAGUUACCAUCAAGCAGGAGAGCUCUAGGAUUCUGGGAAACUUGGGUUGGGCCUACAUGCAGCAAGAAAAUUAUUUAGCAGCAGAAGCAGUUUAUCGUAAAGCUCAGAUAAUAGACCCUGAUGCCAACAAGGCUUGCAACCUUUGCCAGUGUUUGAUCAAACAAGCACGUUACUUGGAAGCACGAUCCAUUCUCGAGGAAGUAAUACAGGAUAAACUUCCAGGAUCCAAUGACCCCAAAUCAAGAAACCGUGUGAAGGAGCUGCUACAGGAAUUUGAGUCACGACAGCCCAUUUCAUUAGCUUCAACUUCCAAAGGGUUGAAUUUAGAAGAUACUUUCCUAGAAGGUCUUGACCAGUUGAUGAGCCAAUGGACUCCAUAUCGAUCAAGGAGGCUUCCUAUCUUCGAAGAAAUCUCUUCGUUCAGAGAUCAGUUAGCUUGUUGAUUUUAUGGUUGUUUAAUUUAUACUUCACCUGGGUUUUAUCAGUUUUGAAGGAACUGCUAAAUAAGCAAAAUCCUAUGAAGAUUUGACUGGGAAACCUCACUUUGCUUGUUGAGUUAGCUUGGUGGCUUUGAUGUAUAUAUUAUUAAAAUAUAUGUUUUAUAAAGUGCUAUAGAGUUUCUUUUACAAACUACAAAGGUAUAAAAUCAUGGAAAUUGCAUUUGUAUUUAAUAAAUGAAGUAUAAAAAUAAUAUUUGGAAUGAAAUUAGCAAGAGCAGUUGAAUGCUCUUGGAUAGUAGUCGAUUACAUUGUUUGAAAUAGGACAGUAGGACGGUCAUUUCCUUAAGGAGUGCAAUUGAUUUUCUUGCAAAAUUUUAUAUUUUGUGUGAAAAGAUGUUUAAGAUAGUAAGUAGAAUUCCCCAAGUCACUGUUUUUACCACUUGGCUACGCCCCAUUUAGAUUUCUAUUUGAAACUACUAGACACUAAUAUGGUUAUUCCUUGUUUGACAAAUCCAAUUCCAAAUAACUGUAGAACAAAUUAGAUUUUUGUAAGGAUUUUGGCAUGUAUGGAUAGAGAAUUAAAUCGAAUUUAUUAAUUAUUACAUAU